AUGGAUAAAAGCUCCCAGGCAGCGCCGGGCACCUACCAGCCACGGCCUGGCUUCACCCCCCCGCCAGGAAGCACCAUGACCCCCCCACCCAGUGGGCCCAACCCCUAUGCCCGCAGCCGGCCUCCGUUUGGCCAGGGCUGCCCCCAGCCAGGACCUGGCUACCGAUAAGGACCUGGUGCUGCUGAACGCGGGCGACUCUCACGUACCCUUCCAUCCCAACUGACUCCAGUAUUUUUAAUUGAGGUUCCAAAACCAUAAUGAGGCAAAAUAUCCUUUAUAACUAUAGCUGGUAAUUAAAUUCUGCUGGGGGUGGGGGGGAAAUGACCAAAUGAAUCUUUUCUGCUUUAAAUUGUAUCUGCUUCUUAGUUUAAUUUGGGGUUGGAUUGUGGGGUUUUUUUUUUUUUGGUUUUGUUUUUUUCCUCUUUUUUUGUUUUGGGAAACACUACUUAAAAUGUCUGUAAAGUGAUUGACAUUCUAGCUUGCCUUGUUUGAAGGAUAUUAAAAUGCUAGUUGGAAGUUUAGCCCACUUACCAGGCUUGUUUUUACUAAUACCAUGAUGUACUAAAUUAGAUUCAUUCUGGAGUUGAAAGUAGAUAUGAUGUAUUAUAAACUGUAAUGCUCACAUGGAAAGCUAAUAAAAGUCCUGAAUAUAUUA